GCCAAACAAACACCAGCAACACCUACACUCGGCAUUAAGCGCCAUGCUGAACCUCGAUAUGCUGCUGUUGAAGGGGCCCUCCCCGGGCGUUGAGGAGGGUCUCAAUGAGCUGCGCUUUGCUAUACUGGCCGACGGCAUACCUGCAAACAGCGAGGGCAUGUCCGAGCUGCGCAUGUACAUAUGGCUCAUACUUCUCAACACGCCGCCGUUGAAGACCGAUGUCUACCUCGACCUUGUCCGACAAGGCGCGUCGCCAGCGCAUACCAAGAUCCAGAACGACACCUUCCGUACCUUCCAGGGCGAUCCACUAUUCCGCCGUCGCGUCACGCAGAAUAGUAUUACGCGUGUACUCAACGCCGUCGCGUGGAGGCUCAACGAUGCACAUGAAGCACGCGUCAACGGUUGGCAGUCACCGCCGACGCUGUCUGAGUUUGGUGGCAGUCCUGAUACUGCCAUGAUGUCCCGCCACUCGCUUGCCGCCAGCGUACGGACGGAUGCCUCGACCACCAACGAUGCGGAACAGAUUGGCUAUGUGCAAGGCAUGAAUGUCCUCUGCGGUCCGUUUCUGUACGCCGCCCGGAGCGAGGUCGAGGCCUUUACUGGUUUUGAAAGACUCAUCACUCAGGAAUGUCCGGGCUACGUGAGAGGAUCCAUGGAAGGAGUGCACAAAGGAGUGGCUUUGGUGGAUCGUGUUCUCCAGGUCGUCGACGAGAAGCUGUACGCGCAUCUGAUGAGCUACCACAUGGAGGCGAAAAUAUACGCCUUCGCUUCGGUCCUGACCAUGUGUGCAUGCACGUCACCUCUACCUGAAGUCCUCAAAUUAUGGGACUUCUUGUUCGCCUACGGUCCACACUUGAACAUCCUCUGCAUCGUCGCUCAGCUUGUUCUGAUGCGAAAUGAUCUUCUGAACAGCCCCAGCCCGAACCAGAAGCUGCGGAGUUUCCCAGCGUUGAACGCAGGCGCGAUCAUUCCCUUGGCCACAGGCUUCACCAGCAAGAUACCUGAGGACAUGUACGAGGAGAUCGUUCACCACGCCAAAUGAGUGGCGAAGAAAGCAGUAGCCAAUUUCGGAAGACCAUGAAGUUACGAAGUCACGAAUCAUCCAAAAAGGAUACCUCAUGAACAGGCAAUUGUUUGCCUGAAGCCAGCGGCAUUCUAUGUAUCAUUUAUAUUACAAUUCAUCACACUCAGGCUGAGCCAUGAGCAUACUCUUCGAACCCAUUACCUUUGGCACUGUUUGAGUCCCUUCUAGCGGCUUCGGGUACGUUUAGAUGUCCUGAACUUCAUGUGAACCAAGCGCCUCAUUUCCGAAGAGCACACUGCCUGGGCUCAGCCGUCAUGUUUCGCCUCUGGUCUCGACACACAACCCAGUUGACAUCGCCGACCUUCAUGUCAGCCGCGUAUCCAUAGCUUCGAG